UCUAUAGAACCCACUGAGACUGCUCCAACAGCUCUCUACAUUCUCUCUCUAGAACCAGCCAUGGAUCGAAGCUCCAAAACCCUCUUUUUCUUCGUCCUCCUGAUCUCUUCGGCGCACUCGUUUUACCUUCCUGGCGUCGCUCCUCGUGAUUUUGAAAGGGGUGAUCCUCUUCAAGUGAAAGUGAACAAGCUCUCGUCUACAAAGACACAACUACCAUAUGAUUACUAUUACUUGAAGUGGUGUAAGCCCAAGAAGAUCAUGAACAGUGCAGAAAAUUUAGGAGAGGUUCUCCGAGGUGAUCGCAUUGAGAAUUCCAUUUAUACUUUCCAAAUGAGGGAAGGGCAGCCAUGCAAAGUGGCUUGUCGAAUGCAUCUUAAUGCUGAAGCUGCGAAGAAUUUUAAGGAAAAAAUUGAUGAUGAAUAUCGAGUAAACAUGAUUCUGGAUAACCUUCCGGUUGCAGUUCAUAGGCAAAGGAGGGAUGGAAGUCCGUCAAAAACAUAUGAACAUGGUUUCCGAGUAGGGUUUAAAGGAAAUUAUGCUGGGAGUAAAGAGGAGAAGUAUUUUAUCAAUAACCACUUGAGCUUCAAGGUCAUGUAUCAUAAGGAUCCUGAGACUGAUUCAGCUCGAAUUGUUGGGUUUGAGGUUUCUCCAAACAGUAUUAAUCAUGAGUACAAGGAGUGGGAUGAGAAGAACCCUCAGUUGGCAACAUGCAAUGCAAAUACCAAAAAUUUGAUUCAAAGUACCACUGUCCCACAAGAAGUUGAUGCCGAUAAGGAUAUUGUAUUUACAUAUGAUGUUUCCUUCGAGGAAAGUAACAUCAAAUGGGCUUCACGGUGGGAUACAUACCUCCUUAUGAACGAUGAUCAGAUCCACUGGUUCUCCAUCAUAAACUCUCUGAUGAUUGUCCUCUUCCUUUCUGGUAUGGUGGCCAUGAUCAUGAUGAGAACUCUUUACAGAGAUAUCGCAAACUAUAAUCAGUUGGAAACUCAAGAUGAGGCUCAGGAAGAAACGGGAUGGAAACUUGUUCACGGAGAUGCUUUUAGGGCACCCGUCAAUUCUGGUUUACUCUGUGUUUAUGUUGGGACAGGUGUUCAGAUCUUUGGAAUGACACUCGUCACAAUGAUAUUUGCACUGCUGGGUUUCUUGUCACCUUCCAACCGAGGGGGCCUUAUGACUGCCAUGGUUCUGCUAUGGGUCUUUAUGGGCUUAUUUGCUGGUUACUCGUCAGCGCGCUUAUACAAAAUGUUCAAGGGAACAGAGUGGAAGAGGAAUACUUUGAAAACCGCAUUUAUGUUUCCGGCUAUUCUUUUUGCCAUUUUCUUUGUUCUGAACGCCCUAAUCUGGGGGGAGCAAUCUUCUGGGGCAGUGCCUUUCGGAACAAUGUUUGCCCUGGUGUGCUUAUGGUUUGGGAUAUCAGUGCCUCUAGUCUUUGUGGGCAGUUAUUUAGGUUUCAAAAAGGCACCCAUUGAAGAUCCUGUGAAGACGAACAAAAUCCCUCGGCAGAUACCAGAGCAGGCAUGGUACAUGCAACCAGUCUUCUCUAUACUCAUUGGAGGCAUUCUUCCUUUUGGGGCUGUCUUCAUUGAACUCUUCUUCAUCUUGACAUCCAUAUGGCUGAACCAGUUCUAUUACAUCUUUGGCUUCCUUUUCAUCGUGUUUGUGAUCCUUCUAAUCACAUGCGCUGAGAUAACUAUCGUGCUCUGCUAUUUCCAGUUGUGCAGUGAGGACUAUCACUGGUGGUGGAGAGCUUACCUUACUGCUGGCUCUUCUGCUCUAUACCUUUUCCUCUACUCAGUUUUCUACUUCUUCACCAAAUUGGAGAUCACAAAGUUUGUUUCAGGCAUCCUUUACUUCGGGUAUAUGUUAAUUGUGUCCUAUGCUUUCUUUGUAUUGACGGGAACAAUUGGCUUCUAUGCUUGCUUCUGGUUUGUCCGGAAGAUCUACUCCUCUGUGAAGAUCGAUUGAUACAAACAUGCAGAGAGAGGGCAAAGCUGCUGGAGGGAUGCGAGGCCUGGAUGAAGUUGAGACGUAAAGUGAGGCAGCAAGGUGUGCACUUAGCUUCUGCAGGGUAAAGAUUGCAGUCUAGAAAGUUUUCCUCCCAACCUUGAUAAAACCUUUUGUCGUUUUGCUGAUGGUAGUGUAGGGCUUGGCUUGUAUGUCCCCUUUUUUAUUUUUUAAUCUUCUUAUCUACACUCCUGUUAACUGUUAUGAACUGUACUUUUUGGUGAAUUCUGCACUAGAAGUUUAAGCAGUUAUCUAAAUCCGAUAUCAUCCACACAAUCACAAAAUUACUGAAA